CGCUGCCGCUGAAGGCGAGGGGUGGGGGUGGGACCUGGUGGGGUGGACGGCAGGUGGUCCCCAGGCACUGCCCGGGAUUUGGGAGAACCCGCCACCUUUGCCUCAGCAAUGCUCACGAGAAGAUAAACCGCACUCCCCACCAUCUUGACAGGGGCAAAUUCAUAAGGAAGGCUCCCUUGGGGAAUGUAGAGCUUAUCGCAGGACUGAGGAUUGUCGGGAUCAUCCUGGGCAUUAAUCAGGUGUAACCACAGAGGCGGAAUAAUUAUUAAUAUCAAUUAAUAUACCCCUUUCCCUCUGCCAUCAUGAUUCUCCUUGGCAGCAGCAUUAGCAGCCGCCUGAGGGUGAAAAUGUGGGUGAUGGGGAAGUUGGUAAUGACUCCGCUGUUUUUCCUUAUGGCUGCUUUGGGCAACAGCUGUCCACCCCCGGUAUACACUGUAGUUGAUUGCAGGGAAAUCCUGUACCUCUCCCCUUUCUCUGCUGAUUUUGCACUUUUCUCUUUGAUCACCACCACCAAGAGUAAUCAAUAACAAGCACUGACAAUACAUAGCAAUAGUGAAAUCUGAAAUAACAGAAUUAAUUAGGUACUACAGCCAUGGAUCUGGCUGGGUAAAAUACGAUUGGGUAUUUCAGUUUCAUUCACCUACCCUGUUUUGGUGUUUUGUUUUUGGUUUCUUCUUUUUUUUCUUUUUGUUUUGGUACUUGGAAAACAAGGAUCACACUCUCCCUCCCCUUCCCUAUUACUUUUCAUAGGCCCUUUUCUUAAAAGGGGGAAAAAUCCGGAUGGAUUUCAAGGAUUGGACUGGUGUCAGCUGUGUUUUAUUGCACACUUAAAUCCUGAUUAUCAGGAUUUUCAUUUCCCCUUUGAAAGCUUUUAUUUUGGCAGCUAAGCCAAAUGUGUUUUCCGGAAAGUUAGUUCAAGUAUUUUCUCCUCUUUCUUUCCUUCCUCCCCUUCCUUUUUCCUGUUUGACCCCAAACAUUGUCCAAACAUGACUGGACAGCAGCUUUGGUUUCUUGACCCUGUAGUAUGACAGUCUGCUAAUAUUGCCAGAAGGUGCCGUUUUGGGGUUACAGUUGUGAUUUUAGCUAUUCAAUCAUAUUAGCAGGAGAAAAAAAUGACUUGUUUCUGUUGUACUUGAGUCUUAAGAAAAAGUGCCCAUAGUUUAGUGACAAUUUCCAAAGGCUUUAGUACCACCUUUAUUUCAAAAUGGGGGACCCAAACUCCCGGAAGAAACAAGCUCUGAACAGACUACGUGCUCAGCUUAGAAAGAAAAAAGAAUCUCUAGCUGACCAGUUUGACUUCAAGAUGUAUAUUGCCUUUGUAUUCAAGGAGAAGAAGAAAAAAUCAGCACUUUUUGAAGUGUCUGAAGUUAUACCAGUCAUGACAAAUAAUUAUGAAGAAAAUAUCCUUAAAGGUGUGCGAGAUUCCAGCUAUUCCUUGGAAAGUUCCAUAGAGCUUCUACAGAAGGAUGUGGUACAGCUCCAUGCUCCAAGAUACCAGUCUAUGAGAAGGGAUGUUAUUGGCUGUACUCAGGAGAUGGAUUUCAUUCUUUGGCCUCGGAAUGAUAUUGAGAAAAUUGUCUGUCUCCUGUUUUCUAGGUGGAAGGAAUCUGAUGAACCUUUUAGGCCUGUUCAGGCCAAAUUUGAGUUUCAUCAUGGUGACUAUGAAAAACAGUUUCUGCAUGUACUGAGCCGCAAGGACAAGACUGGAAUUGUUGUCAACAAUCCUAGCCAGUCAGUGUUUCUCUUUAUUGACAGACAGCACUUGCAGACUCCAAAAAACAAAGCUACCAUCUUCAAGUUAUGCAGCAUCUGCCUCUACCUGCCACAGGAACAGCUCACCCACUGGGCAGUUGGCACCAUAGAGGACCACCUCCGUCCUUACAUGCCAGAAUAGAGUAUAAACCAGCAAAAUGGAGAUCAGAGAAUGCAGCAGCAUUUUUUUUUCUUACCACUUUUAUUCUUUCAGAGUUUUAAAGAAAAUGGACUCAUGCACAGAACACUAUGCAUUUUGAACCUUGUUCAUCCUGGAUUUUUUUUUUUUUUCAUUUGUAUCGCAGAACUUAAAAAAAAAUUAGAUGUCUUCUGCACGGACUGUGUGAAGGAAGAUGCUUUGCAUAUCUGCUGCACUGCAUCAGCAUCUUACUAAAAAUGUGAAAUGAAAGGACUAUUGUACACUGAAAUGCUUAAAUGUAUCUGAAAGCACAAGGUGAUACUCAUUUUUGAUGGUCUUCCCAUUUGUGCUGGUUGUUGCCUCUUUGACAUCUGUCAUCAGUAUUUGAGGGUGAGAAGUGAAUGUAACAGGUAUAAAUAACUUUUUUUUUUUUUUUUUUAAAAAGCUUUGCUAUAAUCACCAUUGUUUCAGAGCACUGUCAGAUUCAUUUUAUAACCAGAAGUGGUUAUUUAAAAA